AUGGCCGUCAGGCCAGCUUUGGUUUCCAACAACAUUAUUGAGCAGGGCAUGUUCUCGGCCUGCCUGGUCUUUUCACUAUUCGCGGUCAACUUCUUUUCCUCCGUCUUCUCACUCAUCUUGCAAGUCCUUCUCCUUGUUACCCGCUUGCCCCUCAUCUUCAUUACCAUCGCCGCCUACGGGAUACUACUGCAAUGGUUCCCAAGUGGCUCCGUUGUUAAGAAGCUUGCUUUAUUCAUACUGAUGGGUAUCUCCGGCACGUGGUGGACGGACCUACAAAUCGAUGGCGUUAGACGUGGCUCGGUAGCCCAACAGCCAUCCUGGCGCCUGCCUCAAGGCGGCUCCGUCAUCGUGUCAUCGGCAACUUCUCCUAUCGACGCUGUGUACCUUGCGGCGGCCUUCGAUCCUAUCUUUACUACAUCCUGUCCUGGGACGCGCAAAGUGCGCCGGCUGGGUUUGCUUCAGGCAAUCCUACGCGGGUUUCGACGAAUCGGGGACAAUCCUCUUGGAGACGCUGCCCUUGGGGAGCUGGAGACCUUGCUUGUGGAACACCCAGCGCGAGUCAUUGUGCCUAGUCGCCGUUCCCCUUCCACAAAUGCCUUCCGAGUCAGCAUCCGGUACACGCCGCCGGACGUGACAACACCGGACCAUGGCGGGUGCCUGGCAAUCCUCUGGAACGUGCUCUCCAGUCCUCUGCACCUUAUCCGAGUGCAUAUCGCCGACGACGUGAAUGUCCACACCGCUUUGUCACAGUCACACAAGACGAACAGCGAGCCUGCCAAUUUGGUAGCGCGGCACAACGGAGAUGGUCCGAACCGGAGUUCAAGGUCGAGGGUGACACGCCGACGCACAACUAAACGGCCGCUCAGGGUUCUCGGCGUCAUUAAAGAAUGA